CGUGAAGUUAAAGCAAACGCUUUGCACUUGUAUUUUUAAACUACAUUCAAAUGGAAAAAUUGUGUUCGUUUUGGGGGAAUUGGGGCAAAUGGGCUGAUAAUGCCCGAAAUUAUCAACGAAUGUUUUAAAAAGCAUGUAAUACAUAUGUGUAUUAUUUUUUUAGUCGUAUUCAGUUUUGCAAUCAGCAUAUGUGCCAUAUUACUCCUUUUUUUAAAUGACAACUUUUUCUAACCAGUUGAAUGGACUAUCCAAGCAAUGGAGAAGUUAACGGACCAGGAGAGGUCAACAGAGAUCACGGUGUUCAGGGAGGUGAAGGUGUGGACGAUCUCCACGCCGAAUCUAUCUUGUGCACGUUGGGCGAAUGGCAAAACAUGCAAGCUCCACACAUGAAGGCCAGAGCCAUGAUUGGAAGAAGCAGGCAUCUCAGAACUGAGAUGGAUUUGUUAAAUCCAGGAUCCAGUCAAGCAAAACAAAAACUAUACAGCACUACAGGCAUUAUGCCAAUUUGAAUGGAUUCCAUUUUUUUGACAUAAUUUUAAAAGUUGGCCAUUUUGCAGUUCUAAUCCACCAGUUUUCCAUUGUUAUUGACAAUGAGUUUAAAAAGCCAACUCCUACUCUGGGUGUAACUGGUUCCAGAGUGUGACAUUUCUGAGAAUCAACCCUGAUUGGUCAGGUUGCCUGUGAUGUCGGACCACAUCCCAUUUUCCCCUUUUGAGAAGUUUCCUCUCAGAUUCCUUCAAAUAUCCAUGACUGCGUGCACACAUACACGGUUAUUAUUCAACAUGCGACAUCUGAUUGUGCUUCUGCUCUGUGUGGGAAUCCUGAACCACAUCUCAGAGGCCCUCCUCAUGGAAAAGCUAGCAGACAACAAGAUGUGUGGCGAUGCAGAGUGUUCAUACGUUGUCUCCAUGGCCACGGCCUUGGAUGACUUCAUCGCGCCAGACUGCAGAUUUAUCAACAUCAAGAAGGGUCAGAAGGUUUAUGUGUAUUCUAAACUGGUGCCAGAAGAGGGCGGUGGAGUCUUUUGGUCUGGCAGCGUGUACAGUGAUCGCUAUGUGGACCAGAUGGGCAUCAUCGGAUACUUUCCAGCUCCCGUGGUGAAGGAGACACACAAGUUUAGAGAGGACACGGUCCAGAUUCCAACAACAAACAUGGAUUUCCUCUGCGCAUAAGGUGAACAGAUGCUUCCUGUUUGCUUGUUUGAACAUACCAGUAACAAAUACAUCAAAUUAAAUACACGGUUGUUUCUACAACUAAUACUCUGAUCAUCUCAGCUCCACAAAUGCCUGAAGCGAGGUUCACAAAUGCUAAUCGGGCCGAAUUUUAUAUUUUUUCAUCUCUUUUGAUCACUCAGUAAAGGUUUGAUUCGCUGA